CUAUUAUACAACAUUCCACGUCGGCCACUCAUUCACUCCGGUCUCAAAACGGUAUUUUUGUCAAGCAAGUAUGCCAGUAUGAUGACAUAAUGACUUGUUUUCAGAGUUAAGGAAAGGAGAGGAAAAGUUCAAAGAAAAUUACAUGAGAUUUAAAAGAUUGCAGGAACAAGGGAAAUAAUUUUACAACGUAUUAGGGGAAUAUUUCACUGUGAAAUGUGGUAUUCAAGUUUGAGUAUUUGAUUAAACUGAGUGUUCUCAGUGAGUGAGUACAUGUCCAUUUCACGUCGAACGUAUGUAGCCUAUUGAAGGUUCUGUGUAAACUAAACCUUGUACCUUAUCAUGAACCUCAGGGGCCCAACUCACCCCCCUCCACACAGCUGUGAGCAAUAAGCUUCCCACCCCCAACUCCUUCAGCAUCAAGCCUCUGAAUGCGUGCGUAAAAGGCAAGUUUACCGAAACCGGUUGGCUGGGCUGUGCGCACACAAACGAACACACACCACUCGAACCGGUGGAUGAACUUCAAGCUGGAUAAUGGAUUAACGCAUCAAACAGAUAGCAAAAACGCAUAGCAUGCUAUGAACUCCAGAUGUCAAUGUAUUGGAAGAAAACACCCACCCACGAAGGAAUGACUCACAGUUUAAAGUAGUUGAAUAAGCGAGCGCCGGUGCGGACGGGAAGAUUCUGCGUGGGGUAUUUGACUUCUUUCUGGUACUUAAAGCUCUUCCAACUGUGGUUUUUAUGGGGAAGAGAGGCGUUGAGCUCGACCCGCCAUACGGACUGACAGUUGCUGCACGAGGCGCUGGUGCCAGAUAUGGAUAGCGCGCGGGAUACCUCGGGACGCUGGUGCGCAUCUUCAUAAAGUGCGACACUUCGAGACUGACGGGGCCUAAAACUUAAUCUGUUCUGAGUCAAAGUACCUGACAAAGAAACUUUGAAGCAGAGAAGAUGCGUCAAGGGGUCGCGUGGAGAUUUCAGAUGCUGCUCGUGAUUUGGUCAGUGUUUAGUUUGGGAACAGGGUUUCCUGCCAGACACAAGAAUGUUGGCCACAAGACUCAUACCCACCCGAAUCACAGUGGCGGGGUCCAGUAUGUCCCUGAGACUUUGGAGCAGCAGAACCAGGUCCAGAGUCUCCUGCCUGAGCCCCACAGCCACCAGAGGAGGUGGUCCCAUCCCCAGCACCGCUCGGUUGGUGUUCUUCCACAGCCGGAGCCUGAGGAGGAGACUAAGCCCUUCAUCCUGGAUCUCAAGAACUUUCCAGACCUGGCCAAUGCUGACAUUAACUCACAGAACCCCAACAUACAGGUAACCAUUGAGGUGGUCGAUGACCCCCAGAUGGAGGUGGAGAUGGACCUGGCCAGGGAAAAAGACUGGCUACCUUCAUCGUCCUCCUCCCCCUCUUCCACAGUAGAUUGGCUCGGAGGCAAGAAGCUUUUCUGGCCCCUUUUCUGGAGUUACACCGACGCAGAUUCCAGCGAGGACAGCAACAGUCGGUCAGGCGUGGAGGAAACUGGUGAGGAAGAGGAGGAGGAAGAUUACUCACUGGAUUAUGGCAGCGAAGAGCCUUUACCCAGCGGAGUGGGUGGAGACUGGGAUACGCAUCGGAACGAAGGCUGGGAUCCAAUGCAGAACUAUUAUGAGAAGGAGACAGAUGAGUGGACCCCCUGGUCUCCCUGCUCAGUGACAUGUGGACACGGUGAGAGGAAGAGGACCAAGUCCUGUGGCUACUCCUGCACUCUGACCGAAGCCUCUAAGUGCGACCUUGAGCCUUGUCCUGGCGAUGUCAACACUGUGGUCGAGCCUUUCCCUUUUGAGAUGGAGAAUGGCACAGAGCCAUUUGGAACAGAUGUGGACAGCUGUGAGAAGUGGCUCAGCUGUAAGAGUGAGUUCCUCCAGAGGUACCUCCACCAGGUCUUGUCUGAGCUGCCCAGCUGCCCCUGUGUGUACCCCUCUGAGGUGGCGUACACUGUGGUCAGUAUCUACGAUGAGACUCAUGGCCGGCAGUUCCGCUGGCGUGAUGCCAGUGGCCCCAAGGAGCGCCUGGACAUCUACAAACCAUCAGCACGUAACUGCAUCCGCUCAGCACUUUCUGGCGACUCAUCUACUCUCGCAGCACAGCACUGUUGUUACAGCGAUCAGGGGCGGCUGAUCACACGGGGGAAAGGCGCAGGCACGCCUAACCUGAUCAGCACCGAGUUCUCACCUGAGCUGCACUUCAAAGUGGAUGUGCUGCCUUGGAUCCUGUGCAAGGGAGACUGGAGUCGCUUCCAUGCAGUGCGGCCACCCAAUAAUGGCUUGAGCUGCCCAGAAAAUCCCCAUGAAGACGUGUUCAUGAAUGAACUGGAAGAGGCCAGGGAGUACUGAGGGACCACAGCCAAAUUUACCACUUCACUCACAGAGUCAGGAGGCCCAAUCCUAAUUUGAGAGGAGACUGUCUACCUUGAAAGUUAUAAAAUAUUACAUCUAAAACAUGUAUUAUGCAUUAACAUGUACUGACUCAAGGGAAAUGCACAGUUGUGAUUGGGAGAUUUGUGGGAAUGAUGGUACAGUGUGUCUGUCUCAAGUUAGGAUUUGGCAGAGUGUCCUGAUAUCAGGCUCGUCUGAACUGAAUUGCAAGAAUGGAAAAAAUGCGGCGUACUCCCAUUGCCUGCCAACCUGUUCUACAUCUGGCAUGACAUCAAGCUCACGCUCUCUUCAUAUUCAGUUCACUCUCCUGGGUGCGUGUAAGCGUGAUGUUUUACCUACUGGCUUUUUUGGUUUCCUGGAGUGCUUGUGAUUGACAAUAGCAAACCAUCCUGGCCAUGCUUCUUGUAGAUUUUACCUAAGGAAAUGUAUGAAUGUGGGCUGGUUAUAUUGAUUCAACAAACACACAUGCAUGAGAGGAGUCCAGCAGAUGAAUAUCCCAACUGUGCUGCUACAAUAUCAGAUCUUUCAGGUUUUACAUAUGGAAUUAAGGGUAAUAAGAAAACAGGACAUCAGAUGACCCAAAAGAUGCCAGAUGCAUUCGCAGUAAUGUACAUUUCAGACUGUCCUUUGGAACACUAAAAGUAGUAAUGUUUUAAGAAUUUGGGAUCUCAAUCAGAGAGGUAAUAUAAAAAGAUCUGAAACAUUCUGCUGUCGCUGUCGAGCUUGCUAGUGAGAAUUAUGAGAAUAGUCCUUAAUAAGUAAUUGUACGGGAACAGCACAUUUGAUUUCAAAUCUUUUGUCACACAGAUUGAUUUCAUGUGGUUCUUCACAUUUUCAUAGCCAGGAAGAUUUAUGAUCUGGGUGCCAAAGAGUUAACAAUCAGACUGUUGGUGCUUGUGUAAUUCCAGCCUCCUAAGUCUCUACAGUGCAAAUUUAAGUAAAAUUAAUUUCUACAGUGAGUAGAUAGUGCUCAUAGAUAUGUCCACACAACGUUCUCAGGGGGACUAACUGACCAUGAUAAACAAAUUUGUUCAUUUACCUCGACAGUGGAGCAUUAUUGGAACUAGUACAAAGUGUAUUGGGGUAAAAGAUUAGUAAAUGGAAUGGAUGCGUAAUCCAGAUUGGAACUGAUGAACAGAUAAUGCUUUCAGUAAGCAAAUGGAACCCUUAUAAUUGAAUAGGAGUUGCUGAUGAACUGUUGUGUGGUAAAAAGAUGUCAUUGCUGUCGAAAAUGUUGGCUUAGGGUCUUUGGGUUUAUGCACAGAACUUGAUUGGAUAGAAAGGACAUUCCAACUAAAUAAAUGUUCCUGAGAGGCGUCGUAGUUAGAUCCCUUAUCCUGGCUAAUGUAGAAUAUUGGUAAAAGCAACAUGGAAGUAGUCACCAACAAAAAAUAUUUCUUUCACUAUCAGGUUAAGUGCAAAGGACAGAAAAAGGCCGAUGUCUCUUAUUGAAAAAACAGUGGCAGAGAUCUUAAAUUUACUUUAAAUCUUAAAACUCCAGGAAUUGCCCCUUCUAUCCAGUCUAAUUCUGUGGAUGUUCGCUCCAAAUCUUUUUCAGGAAUUCUGUUUCCAGAUUUGUACAUGCAAACAGGCAUUUACAUUUUGGAAUCACUGAUUUUAAAGGAAGGCACUUUAUUUAAGGUAUAUAUAUGUGUGUGUGUGUGUGUAUAUAUAUAUAUACACACACACACACACACAUAUCAAAAUGUACUCAUGUUUGCCAUUUGUUGAUGAUAGUGUUAUAGUGAAGGGAAACUUGCCAGAAAUGCUGCAUUGUUCUAUGAAGGUGCAUAUAUCAAGUGUUCUGUUGAGGAAAGCAUGAUCUUUUUGUGAUUUCUGAAUCUAGUAUUACAUAUAUGGUGUUGUACAGUAUUUAUUUGUCUGUUCUCUUUUUUUAAAGUUUGCUGAAGCUUUGAAAUGUCUACUCAACAUGGUGCACUAAUCGGACUGAGAAAUGAAGGCACCCAUUAUCAAAAGGGAAACCACUUGCCCUCAUAACCUCAUCUCACUUCAUACAGCAUCGUCAAAUGUGUCUGUGUUUCAUUUUAUUUUGUACUGCAGUGCUCUAUGAAUAUGUUGUUGCAUUUAUGCUGAAGAAAUAUAUAAAGACCUUGCAUUCAUCAUCUGA